UCUGCGGCCGACAAACCGCGCAUGCGCGAAGAAGAGCAGAAGCGCAGCCGUGUUGAAGGAUAAACACAGCGAUGGCAGCUCAUCUGAAGAAACGAGUUUAUGAAGAAUUCUCUAAAGUUUCUCAGGUGACUCUUGAGGAGGUUCCUUCAAAGAAGCUUCGGCUGACCAAACCCAGUAAAUCUGCAGCUCUUCACAUUGACCUGUGUAAAGCCACCAACCCCACAGACGCCCUGCAGUACCUGCUGAGUUUUGCACGCAAACCUGUGGAGGCUGAGAGCGUGGAGGGAGUGGUGCGCAUACUGCUCGAGCACUAUUAUAAGGAGUCUGAUAACUCGGUGAGGCUCAAGAUCGCAUCUUUACUGGGUUUAUUAUCCAAAACACAAGGCUUUGCUUCAGACUGCAUAGUGGAUGAUGCUAUUAACACACUGAACACUGAAAAGUCUCAUCAGGUUCUGGCGCAGCUUCUGGACACUUUGCUGAUCAUCGGUACUCAACUCCCAGACAAGACUGCUGUCAUUCAGAGGCUCAUAGAUGUAGCGUGCAAGCAUCUGUCGAGCACUUAUUUCGGGGUGAGGAAUAAGUGUCUCCAGCUGCUGGGCUGUCUAGGGACGGUUGAUAAGCCUCUCAGUAAAGAGACUGACACUGGAGCUGGAGCCGGAGCACAAACAUCUGCUGUACGGGAUGUCCUGAGUCUGAUCAGCGACUAUUUUCAGGAUCAGGACCCUCGUGUUCGCACCGCCGCCAUCAAAGCCAUGCUGCAGCUACAUGAAAGAGGGAUGAAAAUUCAGCAGACUAUUUAUAACCAGGCUUGUAAGCUCUUGAGUGAUGAUUAUGAGCAGGUUCGUUCGGCAGCAGUGCAGAUGGUUUGGGUCCUGAGCCAGCUUUAUCCCGAGAGUAUUGUUCCCAUCCCGUCUUCCAAUGAGGAGAUCCGGCUGGUGGACGACUCCUUCGGGAAGAUCUGUCACAUGGUCAGCGACGGCUCGUGGGUGGUCAGAGUGCAAGCUGCAAAACUGCUGGGCUCGAUGCACCAAGUCAGCCCUCACUUUCUGGAGCAAACUCUGGACAAGAAGCUGAUGUCUGAUCUCAGGAGGAAACGCACUGCUCAUGAGCGAGCCAAAGAACUGUACGCUUCUGGAGAAUUUUCAUCCGGACGCCGGUGGGCCGACGACGCUCCCAAAGAAAAGGUCGACACUUCUGGUGUAAACCUCAUCGACUCUGGAGCCUGUGGGGCUUUUGUUCAUGGCCUGGAGGAUGAGAUGUAUGAGGUGCGCAUCGCUGCAGUCGAGGCCUUGUGUUCUUUAGCCCAGUCAUCACGAAGCUUCGCAGAGAAGUGUCUGGACUUUCUGGUGGACAUGUUUAAUGAUGAAAUCGAGGAGGUGCGACUGCAGUCCAUCCAUGUGUUGCGGCAGAUCUCCACUCACAUUACCCUCAGAGAAGACCAGCUGGAUACUGUCCUCGCAGUACUCGAGGACUCGUCUCGGGACAUUCGCGAGGCUCUGCACGAGCUGCUGUGCUACACCAAUGUGUCCACUAAAGAAUGCAUCCAGCUGGCCCUCCUGGAGCUCCUGAAGAACCUCAGCAAAUACCCCACCGACCGCAACUCCGUCUGGAAAUGUCUGAAGUUUCUGGGUGCUCGACACCCGACCCUGGUGCUGCCGAUUGUCCCAGAGCUACUGAGCACACAUCCAUAUUUCGACACUCCAGAGCCGGACAUGGACGACCCUGCCUACAUCGCUGUUUUAGUUCUGGUCUUCAACGCAGCCCAAUCCUGCCCCACGAUGCCUGCCCUGUUCUCAGAUCACACGUUUCGGCACUACGCCUACUUGCGGGACAGCUUAUCCCACCUCGUACCACACCUCAGGCUGCCGGGCAGAAAGCAGACGGCUAGUUCAGGUGUGGAGGCGUCUGGUGUGGGUUCAGGCAGUCUGGAGUCGGCAAAGAACUUCCUCCAGGACAGCCUGGUCCGGGUCAGCGCUCUACAAAACCUAGAAACACCUGGUGCUCAGGAUCUGCUGGAGUUUACUAUCAGAGAUCUGCUGCGGCUGGGAGAGCUGCAGACUGAGUUGGCUGGAUCUGCAGAUUUCUGUGCCACAUACCUGCGCUGCCAACUACUGCUAACUAAGGCUCUUCAGGAGAAGUUAUGGACCAUGGCUGUUCCUCUCUGUCUGAAACAGAACGCCAAAGUUUCAACAGCCACUCGACAGAUCCUGGAUGAGACCUAUAAGCUGGAGUUCCUGUACAGCGGUCUAGAGACGCAGCAGAUCGCCACCAUUCACAACGUCCGGCUGCAAGCAAAAGCGCUACAGCUCAUCCUGACGGCUCGAUCCAAACGAGGAGUCGAUCGAGUUCUUGGUGUUUGUGAGAAGUUCCUGCAAGACGUGGAAUCAUUUCAGAGGCUCUUCAUGACAGAGUUGCCCCAUUUUCAGGACAGUUUUGUUGAGAAGCUUCUAGAGUUGAUGCCUCGGCUGACAGCCUGCAAACCUCUUGAUCUGGUCAAAAUCCUUCAAACCACACUGCGGCAGAGCAGAUGCAUCCAUCUCAAACUACCUGAGCAGAUCCACAGGGCUUCAGCGACUAUUAUCGAGCCGACGGGAGAAUCUGACAAUCCUCUGAGAUUCACCUCAGGUCUGGUGGUGGCGUUAGAUAUUGACGCUACUCUUGAACAUGUGCAAGACCCACAGACAACAGUCAAAGUGCAGGUGCUGUAUCCAGAUGGACAGUCUCACAUAAUCCACCCCAAACCUGGAGAUUUCAGGACUCCAGGACCAGGCCGUGUGCGACUGAUCACUCAGGUUUAUCUCUCUCAUUCUGCAUGGACAGAGCCGUGUCAGAUUGAAGUGCGUCUGCUUCUGGCCUACAGCUCCAGCAGCAGUAAACUGUCCUCCUCUAAACCCGCGUGGAACGAGAGCAUGGACGGCUUGCCUACCAGCGAGAGCUCUAUCGAGGGCACAAUACACCUCAGCAAACCCGUCAAAGUGUUCAUCAUGCCCAAACCAGCCCGCCGCUGACACUGGAGCCCAGGCAAAACACAAACAUUCAGUCUAACAUUUUUAGUGCGCAUUGUGCUCAUCAAGACUGCAUUUAUUUGAGCAUAAAUACAAUAGAAAAUUCUGAAAUAUUAUUGCAAUUUUGAAUAACUGUUUUCUUAUAUAAUGUGGUGUACAUUUAAUUUAUUUCAGAGAUUUAAUGCUGAAUUUUCUGCAAGAUCACUCCAGUCUUUUGUGUCACAUGAUGCUUCAGAAAUCAUUUAAAUAUAAGAACUCUAUUAUUAUUAUUAUUAUUAUUAGUGUUAAACUGGUUGGCUGCUUCAUAUUUUUGUGUAAAAUGUGUUUAGUUUAUUCAUCAAGGCCACUUUAAAUUGUUCAAGAGUGAAUACUAAAUAAAUUAAAGACAUUUAUAAUGUUAUUUAUAUUAAUAUAUUUUUAUUUUACAUCAUAUAUAUUUAAUUUGUUACUUUGCUUUCACUCUUGUGUGCCGGUUUUUGUGACAUAGGACACAAAUCUGUAUAAUGACAUGGGUAUGACACAGGUAUUACAAAAAGUUGGUGAAUUAUGAGGACAUUGCUGACAUCCAAAUUUCUCAAAAAGCUUGUAAAUCACACAGAAUGAGUUUUUUUCAGAAGUUAAACUACACAGUUUCCUGUGAGGGUUGGCUUUAGGGGUAGAGUGGGGUUAGAGCAAUGGAAAAUACAGUUUAUGUGGUAGAAAAACAAUGGAAACCUGUGUAAUGUCCCCACAAUUCACAAAAACACAGAUAUGUGUGUUGUGAAAUUUUGAGCUUUUUCAUCAAAUUAUCCUAAAAAUCCAUCCUAGAAGGUUUGUGUUUCCACAAACACAACUAUAAAGCAAGAACAAACAUAUUCAGCAUUAAAUAUUGUAAGAAUGAUUAUUAACCAGUAAUAAUCAUAAUAAAACAGUAAAUGAGCAUAUUAUAAUCAUUUAUGAAGGAUUAUGUGAACACUGCAGUAAAUUCACCAUUGAAUCGCAUGCAUAAAUUACAUUGUGAAAACUUUAGUGUGACAUGAUGCUUCAGAAAUUAUUCUAGUAUAAGAAGAAAUAUUUUAUUAAUAUUUUAUUAUUAUUAGUGUUGAAAACUGUUCAGCUGCUUCAUAUUGUUUGUGGAAACUGUAUACUGUUAGAAAAAGCAUUGAAAUGUAUUUAGUUUAAUUCAUCAAGGACACUGUAAACUGUUCAAGAGUGAAAGUGAAAUCAAUUAGAGACUUUUAUAAUGUUAUUCAUAUUAAUAUAUGUAUAUUUGACAUCAUAUAUCUUUCAUUUGUUAAUUGCUUUCACUCUUGAAAUGUGCGUACGGGUUUUUGUGACAUAGGACACAAAUGUGUAAAAUGACAUGGGUAUGACACAGGUAUUACAAGAAGAUGGUGACUUAUGAGGACAUUGCUGACAUCCUCAUUUCUCAAAAAGCUUCAAAAUCACACAAUAAGUAAAACUACAGUUUCCUGUGAGGGUUGGCUUUAGGGGUAGGGUGGGGUUAGGGCAAUAGAUAACACAGUUUGUACAGUAGACAUUACAAACCUAUGUAAUGUCCCCACAAAAAACACGUGUGUUUUAUCCUAAAAGGUUUCCACAAACAAAACUAUGAAGCAAGAACAAACAUAUUCAACAUUAAAUAUUAUAAGAAUGUUUAUUGACCAGUAAUAAUCAUAAUAUAACAGUAAAUGAGCAAAUUAUAAUGAUUUAUGAAGGAGCAUGUGACACUGAAGACUAGAGUAAAUUCAGCUUCGAAUCUCGUAAUAAAAAAUAAUAUUGUAAAACAUCAAAAUCAAACAGUUUGAUAUCACAAUAUUACUGUUUUAUUGUAUUUUUGGAUCAAAUAAAUGCAGUCUUGUUGACCUGAUUAAAUAAAUCCUGAUCCUACAAUGUUGAGCUGUCGUGUACAUAUCUGCAAUUAACAGCCGAGACAAAAAUCAGACGCUUUCACUGUUAUUUUUUAUCCAAAAUAAAUCAUUUUGUUCAUUUGUA